UGUGGCCAUCGAUUAUACAGCGCAAAGGACAAACAAAUAAUAAAAAAUUCGAAGCUUUGAUCUUAUCGUUAACGGGUGUAAUCAAUUCUUCUAAAAAACCGAAAGAAAAGAAGGGGCGAAAUUUAAUAUUGCAGCGAAAUGAUGUCACAAGUGACGUCUUCAAAGGAGUCGCUACAUCAAGCUUUGCAAAACAGAAUAAUACCGAAUCAAGAAUACUUAUUGCAAGGCUCUAUUAUAGAAUCCGCUGUUGAUCAUUUACUUCAUAGGCUUCGAGGAUUGUGCGAUAAUGUGGAAACAUCCCCGGAAACAUUUCAUGACUUAGAAGUGUGUAUGAGUAUGAGACAACAGAACGCUCAGGUUCCUAUAAAUCUACGAGUUCGAAGAGCUUUAGACCGCGAUAUGCCGUUUCAAUUGCGUUACAUAGGACAUCCGGAAAUAGAUCGUUCGCGGCCUACAUUAGUUCGUUCCAGUUUGGACGUUGGAUGCACUUCAACCGUACUUGAAUUUCUCACUGAAUUAGGUUGCCGUCUUGAAUACGAGUACAUUAGCCAAGGAUACAUGUUUCGUAAAGGUCGUAUGAAAAUCACGGUAGCAAAAAUAUUCAAAAUUAUACCUGGAAAGCCGCACGAUAGUGAGCCGGUGUGUCAAAGCUAUUUAGUUGAAUUAUCUGUUGUGGCGCCUAACGGUCAAGAUUCCAUUGGAGACGAAAUGCGCGCCUUUGCCGAACAAUUGAAGCCACUAGUUCAGUUAGAAAAAAUUGACUAUAAACGAUUGGGCUAGUUAUCGUAGUUGUAAACUUUACUAAUAAUAGCUUAGUGUAUAAAUUAUCAAGCAAGUAAAAAAGUGUUUGCACAUUUAUCGCAGACUGACAUCAAAAGACUUUUACGUAUACUAUAUCUCAAGCGAAUGAUGCAAUGAUCUUAUAUUGAGAUAGAGUUUUGACUCUAAUGGACGGAUUUAGCACAUUUUACUUUUCGGUCCCAUUCAUUGUUUAUCGAGUUUUAGUUCAUCUGAAAGCGAAAACAGGAAAAAUAAAACUCCAAAAGACGGGUAUAUAAUAAUAAUAGAUAAAAAUUUUUUCAUAAGAGUAAAAUUUUUGCUUACACGAAAUAAGCUUCGAAAAAUGGGUGAUUUUAUGUUUAUUUUACUACUAAACACAGGAGUCACUCCGCUUAAAUGAAUGACCUAAAUCUUUAAGAAAGCAUAAUUCAAAUUGAAGUAAACCAGAUCGCUUCUGUUCGCAAAAAGGCAAAGCUUACACUUCGAUGUUUACAAAUCCAAAUACUGAGCAAGAUGACUCAGAUCGAAUCCGAAAAUUAUAAGAUGCUGAAAUGGAGCGCAGAAAUUCUUCGACAGCGCAUCAUCUUGCUUCGCCAAUAUACAAAGGACCGUGAAAAUCUAGUAUUUAUAAAAAUAAACCCAAAAAAUACUUAAACAAACAGAUGCCGACGUCAGGUAAAGUUUAGAAACACUAUAGAUUUAGGAACGGAUUUUCUAAUCGAUUUUCAAUCCCAUUACUUCAACAAUUCAAAUGAUUGGACCGUUUGCGGUAUCGCAAAUUCAUUGCCUGAAUGCUUAGCAGACGUUUUUUAUCGAAAAAUGCCUCCACAGAACUUAUUUAUAUUUGGCUUGCCAUGGUCAUAUUUCUUCAUUCGGAUAAAUAUACGCCAAUCCUCGAAAUAAAUAUCAAGUCCUGGAUAAGUUUUUAUUGGGAAAACGCAUCGUAAAAGGAUACACGACGGCAAUUUGAAUCAUCUUAUUUUUCAUAUGUAAAUGACAUAAUUUCAACUAAUAUUUUUAAGAAAAGUUCUUAUUAUCCACUACACAGCCAAGCAGGUGAAGCGCUGGGAGGGACUAUAUAUAUUCUUAAUCAUUGUAAAAUUUUAUAUAUCUGUUCACCACUUACUAGGUAAGUGGGCGUGUCAAGAGAGAGAUACAAAACAUCUUAAUAAAAGCAUAGCAAAACAUAUUCGUAAACGAAUAAAUUAAAUAAGUAGAAGUAAAAGUCCCACAAAAUAUAUUUUUUUCUCUCUUUCUAAUAUAUUUUAUUACAAUAUCUCCACUAUUGCAUAACCUAUAUUAUAGCUUGUAGUACCUAACUCACACUCAGGAACUUUCGUGUAAUAUACAUAUUUUAGCCCAACGGAGGUCUUCCUACAUUACAUUUGCAACAUUAAUGAAACCUGUUCAAGUCUAGUGGGCAAAUCGUACCGUUCGACCGAAUAACAUGCCCGAAAUUUGCUAUGGCUUUAUAUGUAUAUAUAUAUACUUUACUUUUUGUACAAUAUCGUUUAAUGUACAAAUAUAACUCUUUGUGUUUAUUUUCAUACGUUGCUGGCAGCGUCAGCUGCUUUUGACGUAUAAAUGUUUAUUAUGAAUUUUCGCAGGAAUAAAAUACUCCACAGUUCUGUCUAAUUUCUGCCUAAACUGUUGUACUUUUUUUAAAAUUUAAUCUGUAA